GAUUGAAAAAAUAGGUAAAAAUGUGGACAUAUGUACGAAGUUAUUUUCACAACAUGGUUGUGUAGUAAGGGUUAUUGGUACUCAUUAAAUAAAAAAAGUUUUUGAAUGAUAUUAAACAGAUAAUAUAAGGAAAUAUCCAAGAGAUCGUUCGUUGUUAUAUUUUUUAGAAUUAAAUCAUCAUGGGAAAGUUAAAUGUUACGAUGUUACGUUAUUUGACGCGGGAAGAUUUCCGUGUAUUGACGGCUAUUGAGAUGGGUAUGAAAAAUCAUGAACUCGUACCAGCUUCACUUGCUGCACAGAUAGCAAAUUUGCGUUACGGUGGUGUUCAUAAAUUGUUAAAGGAAUUGUGUAAACAUCGAUUACUCAGUUAUGAAAGAGGAAAACAUUAUGAUGGUUAUCGUUUAACAAAUGCUGGUUAUGAUUAUUUAGCCUUAAAAGUGUUGGCACAAAGAGGUAUUGUUGGUUCUUUUGGCAACCAGAUAGGUGUUGGAAAAGAAUCAAACAUUUAUGUAGUCGCAGACGAAGAAGGAAAUCCAGUCUGCUUAAAAUUACAUAGAUUAGGUAGAACAUGCUUCCGAAAUAUCAAAGGAAAAAGAGAUUACCAUCAGCACAGAAAAUCUGCAUCCUGGUUGUAUCUAUCUCGAAUAUCAGCAACAAGAGAGUUUGCUUAUAUGAAAGCGCUUAUGGAUAGAGGAUUUCCAGUACCAAAACCAAUUGAUUUUAAUCGACAUUGUGUUGUUAUGGAGCUGGUUGAAGGUGGACCUUUAUGUGGUGUUUAUGAAGUAAAUGAUGUGGAAGCAUUGUACGAUGAAUUGAUGAAUUUAAUUGUCACACUUGGAAAUUAUGGUGUUAUUCAUGGUGAUUUUAAUGAAUUUAAUGUUAUGAUAACGAAUGAUGGUAAACCAAUCAUUAUUGAUUUUCCACAAAUGAUUUCCACCGAACAUGUAAAUGCGGAGCUUUAUUUUGAAAGGGAUGUCAAUUGUAUUCGUGAUUUCUUUAAAAGAAGAUUUGGAUAUGAAAGUGAGCUCUAUCCUACCUUCAAAGAUAUUUUACGAGAAGAUUGUGUUGAUAUAGAAAUUAAAGCUAGUGGUCUUACAAAACAAAUGGAGAAAGAUUUAUUAAUAGAAAUGGGUUUUGAUAAGGAUGAAAAUGACGAAACAUAUGAUGAUGAUGAUGAUGUUGAUGUUGAUAAUGUUCAAGAAUCAAAUAUCGAAAAUGAAAUAGAUAAUUUACGAUCACAAGUGGAACAAUUGAUGCAAGAAGACGUACCUUUAUUAAGAUAUAAACAAAAAGAUGAAAACGUUGAAUCUCUAAAAGAAGAAAUUGAUACAAGUAUCGAAAUAAGACGGGUCAAAAUAAAUGACAAUAAAGAUAAUGAUAAUACAGAUCAAACAAAUAAAUUAAUAGAAAAUAAACCUGAUAUUCCAUGCGAAAUUGAAACUGUGGCUAUAAAUACUGUUUCCUGUUCAAAUUGUACUGACACAUUAGAGACUGAUUCUAUUGAUGGCAAUGAAUUUAGUGAUAUAAGGAGUAUCAGAAGUGUUUCUACAGCCGCCACUAUAUCACCGGAUGUUAUAAAAAAGAGAACAAAGCAAUCUUUAGAAAAAAGAGAAAAGAAGGGCCUUUCUAGAAAGAUUCUAGUGAAAGGUGAAGCUAGUGCAGUAACUAGAGUUAGAAGGGAAAAUAGAGAUACUAUUAAACAAUCUACUACAGGUAUAUGGGGCUGGGAAUAAGAUUGUUAUUUAUUUUUAAAUUAUUAUAAUAAUAAAAAAAUGUAUUUUUACUGUACAAAAGUGUAUAUAAAUAUAUAUACACUUGUAAUGUGUUAGAUAAUACUGGAUAUAUAAAUUGGAUUUAUAUGAUUUACAUAUGCUAUUGUAAAUACACUAUACACUUUGUAAUUUA